AAAUAUUUAAAUAAAAACGCAACAACAAAUUUAAAAUAGCGUUACUAGUGUUAAAAGAUUUCUAUACAUUGUUUUCGAAUAAAAUUCGUCACAAGUAGAAAACAAAAACAAAUAAAGUGCAACGAACUGUUAUACAAAAUGCAAUUAAACAAAUUUUAAUAUUUGUUUAAAAAACCGUUAAUAAAUAAUUGAAGUGUCAAAACAGUUACGCGCGCGCGUUUUUAAAUUUGCGCUCAGAAAGCAAGAACAAGCUAGGUUCAUAUAAUUAUAACUUUAAUAAAACAAAAAAAAAGCAAAACAGCAAAAGUAAAAUAAAAUGGCCACAAAUACCGAAAUUCUUCCUUUCCAUCAUCAAACAACAAUAACACUGCAAACAGCUGCAGCGCUUACAAGUUAUCAUGGUGGCGGUAGUGGUGGUGGUGGCGGCGGGGGCACUACUGGUGGCGGUGGAAGUAGCUUACCUACAGCAACGCAAUUAGCAGCAGCCGCUGCUUGGAGUACGUUGGAUGAUCAUCUUUAUCAGCAGACUGAAUUACCCGGCCUCACGCAGCGUGCACACCACUAUCUACGUUUUACCCCCUAUGCACUGCACCACAGGCCACAGCUACAGUCAAUACCUCCCGCAUUGUAUCACCUACAACACGCAGCGGCAGCAGCUGCAGCAGCCGCUGCAGCAGCACAUGCGCAACAUCAUCAUAAUCAUCACCAUCAUCAUCAUCAGCAUAGACCCGCGUCACCAGAAAGUCCACCACCCGUUGAAGGUAUACACAUAAGUAAUCUCUUUCCAGAAAUACUAGAAAUGAUCUUCCAAAAGUUGCCAGUGCGUGAUAUAGGACGCGCUGCACAAGUCUGUGUAGCUUGGCGGGAUGCAGCAUAUGCCAAAAGUGUUUGGAAGGGUGUUGAAGCUAAGCUACAUCUGAAACGUUCCAGUCCUAGUCUCUUUAAUUCGUUAGUGCGACGAGGUAUAAAGAAGGUGCAGAUACUAUCACUGCGCAGAUCGUUGAAGGAUUUGCUGUGGGGUGUACCGUCUCUGGUAUCGCUGAAUUUAAGUGGUUGCUUUAAUGUGGCUGAUGUGAAUUUGGGUCAUGCAUUUUCUGUGGAUCUGCCAAAUUUAAAAGAAUUGGAUUUGUCUUUGUGUAAACAAAUUACCGAUACUAGUCUGGGUCGCAUUGCGCAACAUCUCAAGAAUCUGGAAACGCUGGAAUUGGGCGGUUGUUGUAAUAUCACGAAUACGGGUCUGCUGCUUAUAGCGUGGGGUUUGAAAAAAUUGAAGCAUUUAAAUUUGCGUUCCUGUUGGCAUAUAAGUGAUCAAGGGAUUGGGCAUCUUUCCGGGCUAAGUAAGGAAACGGCGGAAGGUAAUUUAGCGCUGGAAUAUUUGGGUUUGCAGGACUGCCAACGUUUAAGCGACGAAGCACUCGGCCAUAUAGCACAAGGUUUAACGUCACUAAAAUCAAUUAAUCUCAGUUUCUGCGUUUCGGUCACUGAUAGUGGACUGAAACAUUUGGCACGUAUGCCACAACUUGAACAAUUAAAUCUCCGUUCCUGCGAUAAUAUCUCUGACAUUGGUAUGGCAUAUCUAACAGAGGGCGGCAGUGGUAUAUUGUCACUGGAUGUUAGUUUCUGCGAUAAGAUCAGCGAUCAAGCGUUAAAUCAUAUAGCGCAGGGUCUAUAUCAUCUACGUUCGUUGAGCCUGAAUCAAUGUCAAAUCACAGAUCAGGGCAUGACCAAAUUAGCAAAGUCAUUACAUGAGCUAGAGAAUCUCAACAUUGGACAAUGCAGUCGGGUCACCGAUAAGGGACUGCAAACGUUAGCCGAAGAAUUGAACAACUUGAAGACGAUCGAUUUGUAUGGUUGCACGCAGCUCUCUUCGAAAGGCAUCGAUGUUAUUAUGAAACUACCAAACCUGGUGAAACUGAAUCUCGGGUUAUGGCUUGUAAGAUGAUGCGUUCAACAACAACAACAACAGUUACAUUUGCUGCAUGCUGGACAGGGAUGCUAUGGUAAGAUCGGUAGUAGUAGUAGUAAAGCUUGCAGCAAAAAAAAAAAUAUUUAUUUUUUCUGGUCAGUUUAACAAAAAUGAUAUACUAAAUUAAUACUAAAUUAUAUAGCAAGGUUUGUAGGGUAUGUAUUGCAGAAUGUUUAGCAGAGACUUCAUACAGAACAUCACAGUGUGUUGUUGUUGCUUAAUUUGUAAGUCAAAUUUUAUAUUUGAAAAAAUAAAAAAAUUAUGACGGACCUUUACGCACCAACACAAUACGUUUCCGCCGUGUUUGUCUGCCUGUGUUACCUGCGUACGAUAUUUGUUGAAUUUAACUUCGGACUCUUAGACCCUGAACCAUAUAAUUCAAAUAUUGUACUAUGAACCAAUAAUUACACACAUUUAUACAAGCGCUCACACGCAUACAUGGCAUCAUAUUUGCGUAACCUACAAUGUGUGUGCUUGCGAGCAGCAGACAAAACAGCGGACAAACUGACAAAAGCACAUUUGGCUAACAUACAUAUAUACUUAUAUAUGAUUUUUAUGUGCUCAUAUGUGCAUGCACUGCUAUGCUAUAAUACCAAUCCGCGCGUACACACACACUUACACAGUUAGACACUGUUAUAAACUUCUGCAGUACAUACAAACGUACAAACCAAGCAGGCAGGCUGAAUUUUUACGAAACUGACGGAAAAAUAAAAAACAAAAUAAAAAAAAAAUCAAGAAAAAAUUAUAAUAAAGGAAAAAGACCUCAUAGCUUUCGUUUGCCAUAAACACGCUGUACUAAAUUUAAAACAUACAAAGAAUGGAGAAUUAAAAAAAAAAUACAAAAACAACAACAACCAACUCAACUGCAUAGUUACAAACACACAAACAAGCACAAGCUAACUUCACAUUUAGAGACAGACAAACACACAAACUUACAAACAGACUAACAAGCAAACAAAUGGACAGACAGAAAGACAGAAAUGUACGUUUGAACAUUGGAACCCAUGGCGACUUUAUUGUUACUGUUUUUAAACAUUGUUGUUGGUAUUGUUGUUGUAAUCGUGCAUGCUGUUUUUGUUGUACUCUGCGCUGCUGCUGUCGCUAUUGUUGUUAUUAUCGUUGUUUUUUUAUAUGAGAAAAGAUAUACGUCUCGUAGUUACAUUUUACUGCUGAUAAAAUUCAUUACAUAUUUGCUUAUAAUUGGCAACCCUAAAAAACUUGCACAGUCAAACAAAUGCAAAUAUUUUUGAAUAAAUUUUUAAAAAUUUACGCUACGUAUAUAUAACUUCACAUAAGCAUUAUAAUAUGUACAUGUAUCUGUUUAUUGAUAUGUAGUUUUACUAGCUUUGACUCGGUAAUCAGUUAAUUUAUGGCAACAACAACAAUGAGACAACAAUAACAACAAUACCAUUUAUAACAACAACAGUUAGAUAUAUUAAUAAUACAAUAACAAUUGCCAUAGCACAAAAGAUAACAUUCAUAGUUGACUAGAUUUGCAUAGAUUUCCGUAGUAUGUCAAGUGCGAAGAUUUUGAAAUUCUGAAAUUAAGAAUUAAGAAAAUAAAAAAAGAGAUAAAUAGUAAUAAUAAUAGUAAUAGUAAUAGUAAUAUUAACAAUAGUCAGGGAGGUCUAUUAGUAGGGAGAGAGAAAUGUGUGGGUCAACAGAAAUAUAUUUUAUAAUAUUAUAUUAAUAAAGAUUCAUAUGUACAUGAAUAAUAUUUUUCACUUCCGUCCAUCAAAAAAUUGUUAUAAACUUUACUUUUUUAUAAUAGAGCGUUAUUAUAAAGUUCGACUAAAUAAUAAAGACUAGUAACCAAUACAAAAAUUAUCAUGGCUAAUUUUAUAUGCAGAAGUGCAACAAUCCUAGCAAAAAAAGAUUUAGCACGAGUAAGUGGUAUAGAAUAGAAAAAAUUAGGGGUUAUCUUCCUCAAUUUUAUAUGCAGAAGUGCAACGAUCUUAGCAAAAAGGAUUUAGCACGAGUAAGUAAUAAAGAAUAGGGAAGAAAGCAUUUAUCUUAUUUAAUUGUAUAUGCCGAAAGGUGACAAUCCUUGCAAAAAAGAUUUAGCACGAGUAAGCAAUGUACAAUAGAUAAAAACAAGAUUCAUCUUUCCUAAUUUUAUAUGCCCAAAAGUGAUAAUCCUAACAAAAAAUAUUUAGCACAAGUAAGUGGUAAAGAAUAGGAAAAAAUAGGGGUAAUCUUCCUCAAUUUUAUAUGCAGAAGUGCAACGAUCCUAGCGAAAAAGAUUUAGCACGAGUAAGUUAUGUAGAAAAGGGAAAAAUAGGGUAUUACUUUCCCAAUUUUAUAUGCAGAAGUGCAAUGAUCCUAGCAAAGAAGAUUUAGCACGAGUAAGUUAUGUAGAAAAGGGAAAAAUAGGGGCUUACUUUCCAAAUUCUAUAUGCAGAAGUGCAAUGAUCCUAGCAAUAAAGGUUUAACUCGAGUAGGUAAUAUAAAAAAUGGAAAAAUAGGGGUUUUCUUACCUAAUUUUAUAUGCUGAAAAGUAACAAACCUUGCAAAAAAGAUUUAUCACGAGUAAGCAAUACAGAAUAGACGAAAACAAGGUUUAUCUUUCCGAAUUUCCGACAAGUAAGUGAUAUAGAAUAGGGGAAAAAUAGGGGGCAUCUUCCACCUAUUUUAUAUGCAGAAGUGCAAUGAUCCUAGCAAAAAAGGUUUAGCUCGUGUAAGUAAUAUAGAAAAGGGAAAAAAUAGGGGCUUUCUUACCUAAUUUUAUAUGCUGAAAAGUAACAAACCUUGCAAAAAAGAUUUAUCACGAGUAAGCAAUACAGAAUAGACGAAAACAAAGUUUAUCUUUCCGAAUUUUAUAUGCCGAAAA